CAAAAGCCUGUCAAUUUUGAAUUAUUCUUAUACAACAUACUAAGUGAGAUACGCACUUUAGUAACAAUUAUACACCCGAGGAUGCUUAACUGAUGCUUUUUCUCUUGUAUGUCAUUCUUUUUACAGCACUGAUUAUAAUAUAUUACUGGUCAUAUUAGAACGGGAGCAUAAAGCAAAGCAGUUUAUGCUGUCACCUUUUUCUGGAAUUAUUCUUAAUCCUAGGCAAUUGUAGACGUUCAUGUUAAACUUUUCCUCUUUUCUCUUUUAAGGGGUUUAUUUACCAUUUUGCCACGUACAGUGUCAUAAAACACAAGUUUGGUUGCCAGGGCAACCGACGAGGAAAGGGAUGCAGCGAGAAGAAAUUCAGGCAACAUUUAUAAUUGUGUGGUACAAUGUGGCAUUUCACCAUCCCGUGCAGUCACCGAGUGGUUUGCAGCCCAUCCCAGAAUGGUGUCACUUUACCUCCCACCUUACUCUCCAUUCCUCAACCCCAUAGAGGAAUUAUUUUCUUCAUGGAGGUGGAAGGUUCAUGACCACCAUCCACAUCCUGGACAGAAGAUUGCCAGGGAUGGAUCAGGCAUGUCAGAAGGCUCCUUCCUAGGUGUAUUGCCCUAGAUGACAUAAGAUGUGAUGUGGAUGAGAACCUGUGGCCAAAUAGAGAAGACCGAGUAGAUUAGCAUUACUAUUGUAUCUGUAUCAGUGGAUGGUGUGUAUACAAAUUCUUGUAUUUUGGAAUUACUUAAAUAAAUAUAUAAAUACCUAAAAAUAAAAAAAAAGGAAUAAAGGGCAUGAAAUAUAUUGAAGCAUUCUGCAUCAUGUGUGAUUAAUUCCAGUAACAUAUAUUACAGUGAAUUAUAAACAGAGAUGUGUCCUUGUUUUACACAAGAAAACAUUGUAUAAUGCUAUUGUUUUAUGGGUGACAAUGUGUGUUUGCUAGCUGUCAACCUUUGUGUUCUGGAAGAAGGAGUUGAUUUGAGACAUGAAUGAAGUGUUUUGGUAGUUUUAGUGCAUUUUGAAUGUGAUAUGAACUUCUGUGGCGAGCUGAAAGUUGGUUCGGAGAACUGUGUGAAGAGUUUUGAAAAAGUGACCUAAGUAUUGAGAAAUGUGUCCUAGCGACUGUGAAAGACUGUAAUGUCAGAGGUCUGACUACAUCUAACACAGAUUGUCCAUGAGGUUCAAUAGGUUUACAGGGCUCUCUGGGCUGGUUUGAUCAAGGAUCAAGGAGGUGAACGGUUGGAUCAAUGUCUGUUUUGGGACAUUGAUCCCUCUCCCACUGGCUGCAUGGUGAUCCACUUUCUGCUUUGAGGUGCUGCCAAUUGGUAGGAUUGUUACAAGGUGUUGCACCCAGUAACUCUCACAUGAUGUGCUAUUCAUUACCAACAGCGUUUGAGUGUGUGUGUGUGUGUGUGUGUGUGUGUGUGUGUGUGUGUAUGUGUGUAUCGCAUGCCUAUACACAUGUUCUCCGGAUGUGUGUCGUUGUGUGUAACCUUAUAUCUCUGCUGUUUGUGUACAAAGCAAGCAUGUGUGUGAACAACAUUUAAGCAGUGUGUGUGCACUCACAGGCCCUGGAAUAAUAUCCCACAUCACAAAGAAUAAAGUCUUGCCUUCUAUACAACCUGCUUUAUUUCACAUCCCACAGGAGUCAUGUAAUCUGCUCUUGCCAGCCCACCUACCUCCUAAUAACCCCGGUGUUCCGUCCCUUGUUCUCUGUCUCGGGGCAGUAUAAGGAAGGAGGCAGCCGGCAUCAAUCAGGAGAUGGAACGGAUGGAGUGAAGAGUCAACACCACUUACAUCAACAGCUCAUUGCUUCAAGCACUCGGUAUGCCUUCCGUUCGCCUAGUCUUCCUGACCACGCUGCUCCUGGUACAGAUGGCCACGCUGGCCUCCAGCACCAGAACCACACGCUGGCCCAGACCUCAGACCACCAAGAAGCCCCCUCGAGCUGGUAGCAGCGGCGGUGGUGGUUUUGGACGAACCACCACCACCACCCCAUCUCCUUCUAGCAGCCUGCAGAUGGACGAGACAACUGAGGUUACAAUGGACACUUUCUCGGUGUCCCCUACAGACAGCACCACCUACAGCGACACUUUCUCCACCGAGUUCCCCACCGAUGCCAUAGUGCCUCCCGGGGACCCCGUUGGAAACUACACUCUUAACUACAAUGAAUGCUUCUUAAACGUCUGUGAGUGCUGUCCGCCAGGGAUAGGCCCCGCAGGGCCCAUGGGAGACAGCGGCCCACCGGGGCCACAAGGAGAGAGGGGCCCUUUAGGAGAGAGGGGAGAAACAGGGCCCAGAGGAGUCCCAGGACCAGCAGGACUACCUGGUGCCAACGGGCUUAAUGGCGACACAGGUGAAAAAGGUGAUCUAGGACCGAUGGGUCUUCCUGGUGCCCCUGGCAUCUCAGGAAAACCAGGAGAGAGAGGUGAUCCGGGCCCCAGAGGAGAGAAAGGUGAACGUGGUUUCGGCGGUCUGAAAGGUGACCCGGGAGAAAGAGGAGAGCCUGGCCUGAACGGGACUCAGGGCGACACUGGACGAGAGGGGCCUAUAGGUCCCCCUGGGGUAGCUGGGACAAAGGGUCAGAAAGGUGAACAAGGACUUAGCGGCGAGUGUUCACCGAGCGAGAAAAGUAAUGCGGGUGCGCGUGGGCCCCCUGGUCUGAGAGGUGAGAUGGGCCCCCCGGGAGUGAAUGGAACUGAUGGCGCAAAGGGAGAGAGAGGCCAGCCAGGGCCUCCGGGCGGGAAGGGCGAUACCGGUACCAGAGGGCCCCCGGGACCUCCAGGAGGACGGGGCGUCGCAGGGCUGAGGGGGGAGAAGGGAGCCAAGGGCGGGCGUGGGCCCCGGGGCCUAAAAGGCCCACCAGGUGAGAGUGCGGAACAGAUUCGCUCCGCCUUCAGUGUGGGCUUGUUUCCCAGCAGGUCCUUCCCUCCGCCCGGCCUUCCCGUGAAGUUUGACAAGGUCUUUUAUAACGGGGAGGGUCACUGGGACCCAACCAUCAACAAGUUCAACGCCACCUACCCGGGGGUCUACCUAUUCAGCUACCACAUCACCGUGCGCAACAGGCCGGUGCGUGCCGCCCUCGUGGUUAAUGGGAUAAAGAAGCUGCGAACCCGGGAUUCCCUCUACGGCCAGGACAUUGAUCAGGCGUCCAACCUAGCACUGAUGCAGCUGAAUGAAGGCGACCAGGUGUGGCUGGAGACGCUGAGGGACUGGAACGGAGUUUACUCCAGCAGCGAGGACGACAGCACUUUCUCUGGCUUCCUGCUUUACCCGGACCCCAAGGACAAGCCUGCUGACAUGUAGAACGUGUUACUGCAGCCCUUUGACCUUCGAAUGAGCCCUGAUUGUAACGUCUCUUAGACCCUGCACAACCUUCAGCCUAUUGACUCUCUGUCAAAUGAAUGUGAUUCAGCUAAAUGCUGCUGCUUCGGUAUCUGCUCGCUGCUGUCCUGCUAAUCAAACCAAAAAGCUUUGCUUGCCUCGCUGAAUUUGCAGAUGGAUGAGGCUUGAUUAAAUGCUGUAUGCAAUCCUUCAGUUCUUUUUAACAAUGCAUUAAAAAUGACUAUGCUUGAAAUGAA